UGCGCAUUAGUGCAUCCAAUCGAUUUUGUUGAAAGUCUCUAUGAUUUUUAGUCACGUUGUCAGUAAGGUAUGCAAGAUACUAAAUAAGAGAUAAAUCGUUACUCUCUUGAAACAAUGAUCGAUUACUAUAAGAACCAGAUUGCACAUAUAAGUGCGCUCCGGUUAUCUCACUAUCGCCCAAUUUCUUCACCUCUAAAUAAGUUUUCGAUAACUUUAUGUAAAAGAUAUCUUCCAGAAUCGAUUUUCUUCAUUUCUGUAAUGAAGCUUAUAAAAUGAAUGGUUUAUUAUCUAACAAAUAUAUUUUUAUCUAGAAAAUAAUUAUUGUAAAAGUAAGAAGAAAUCGGGCAUAUGAGAGAUUAUUGGAAUGCUACGCUACUGCCGUCAAACAAAUCUGAUAUAAGCGUUGAAGAAUAUGUGCAUGGAAUCAGUGCAACUGCACAAUUGCAGAUCAGAACAACAAGUGCAAUGUGAGCAAUGAAGCAACGAUAUUAACAUUAUUUAUGAAUGUGCUGUGUUGCUUUUGUUUAGUCACAAAUUAUUGUCUACAUUUUGUUGCAAAAACUGAAACAGAUUUGGAAGGAACUGUUCAAUUUUUCUAUCGAUAUGUAAACUAUAUAUCUAAAUUAUCGAUUGAAGAAGAAACAUAUAAGAUUCACAAUGUCUUGGAUCAAGAUCUCAUGUAUCUUGUGCAUCUUCGGGUGUUUCAAAGAUUUCCGACCCUCCGAUUCAUUUAUGACGGAUUAUUUGACCGGACCGUGGAAAAACUUCACACCCAGCGAAGUGAAUCAUGAGAUCUAUCCCGUGACCACGUACAGUUACUUGUCGACGCUGGUACUCAUGUUCCUGAUCACAGACUUUGUCAGAUACAAACCGAUUAUCAUACUCUGCGGUCUCUCUGGUAUCGUCAGUCUAGUUCUGAUAAUACUCGGAAAGGUCGUCAGAGUGCUACAGUUGGCCAAGUUCUUUUUCGGUCUGUUCAUGUCCUCAGAGAUAGCUUAUUACACUUACAUAUAUGCCAAAGUGGACAAGAUACAUUACCAAGAGGUGACAGGUUUCACCAAAGCGGCCUCUUUGCUCGGUCGCAGCAUGUCCGGUAUCGCAGCGCAAUUAACAGCCUCUUUCGGUCUUCUGAGUUAUCAUCAAAUCAAUUUCUUGACUCUUUCAGGCACGACCUUCGCAACGGUUUGGGCGCUUUUUCUCCCCUCCGUCAAACAGUCGAUUUAUUUUCAUCGCGCUUCUUUGAACAACGAGAAUCCUACUCUUCAACAAAACAAGGAAACAACCGAUUGCUUACAAAAAGUAAGAUAUCAACAGAUGCUAUCGUGCGGAAACAAUGGCGGGAGAUAUCGCGCACUUCGCAAACUCAGAAACGCGUACGCGAUGUUGGGGAAACAUUUCGUGCAGGCUUACACCAACUACUACGUGAUCAAGUGGUCAAUAUGGUGGGCUUUGUCCACCUGUGGUUACCUGAUGGUCGCCACUUAUUCUCAAUUACUGUGGCAAACGGCGGUCAAGCCGGAGGACAAAAUUUACAACGGUGCUGUGGACUUUUUAUACGCGAUCUUAGGCUCAGUAAGCGUAUUUUCUUCGGGAAAAGCUCAACUGAACUGGACGGUGAUAGGAGACAAAGUGUGUUUAGUGAUCGCACUUCUGGAAGGUGCUAUAAUACUGGGAUCCUCUUAUUGCUACAACAUCUGGUUGUUGUAUGCGGGAUAUAUUGUAUUCAGUGCGAUUUACCACACCAUGGUCACGGUGGCUAGCUUUGAGAUCGCGAAAUGUAUAUCCGAAGACAGUCACGGUUUGAUAUUCGGCGUGAACAUAUUUCUCGCAUUACUGAUGCAGAGCCUGAUGACGCUUCUUGUUGUAAACACGUUUACGCUAGACAUCAGACAGCAGUUUCACAUCUACGGUUGCUACUUCGUGAUCUUAAGUGUGAUAUUUGUUAUAAUCACUAUCGUGCAAUAUCGUCACGAUACGACUCAACGAAAGCGAGAUCGAAUAGCGAAUGUCGAAUGAUAUAAUAAGGAAGAAUAAAAAUUAUAUAAAUUACAUUUAUAUAAUUAAGUUUUAUGUGUGUGAUA